GGCAGCGCAAUACUGGCUUCUGAAGGGCUGGACGCAACCUUUCACCCUGAAGACUCGGUCACAACUUUGCCUGAGUCAACAUUCAUGUCAGAUGCUGAAUCCACAUCCAAACACGAUAUAAGGAAGUACAUAGUGUACGAGACCUGUCUCAUGGAGCUGUUCGAGGUGUGUCCUGUGUGCAAGCGUGUUUGCACUGUGAAAAACAAAGUGCUUGGGACAUUCAUAUCAGUGAAACAGCUGUGUGAGUAUUGCGAGUAUUCCCGAAUUUGGCAAAGACAGCCUCUUCUGGAUAGCACACCAGCUGGGAACUUGCAGCUUUCUGCAGCAGUGUACAUCAGUGGAGCCUCUUUCUUCAAACUUCAAAGGGCGAUGCAUCUGCAGAUUUUUCUGUAUGAUACCUUUCGUCGGCAUGCCCGAAUGUUUAUAGAGCCAGCUAUGGUCCAUAAAUGGAACCAUUCCCAAAAUGUGAUGCUGCAGCAGCUCAGCGAAGAAAGAAAAGUAAUACUUGGUGGCGACAUGAGGGCUGAUUCUCCAGGGCACUGUGCAAAAUUUGGGAGCUACACCAUGAUGGACCUCAACACCAAAACUAUUGUCGAUCUCCAGUUGGUUCAGAGCAAUGAGGUUGGAGGAAGCUCCCAUAUGGAGAAGGAAGGCCUGAAGAGGAGCCUGGCAUUGUUGGAUGCACGUGGUGUAACCAUCGAUAGCAUCGUCACUGACCGUCAUCCACAAAUCCAGAAAUUUCUGAGGGACAACAACAUCACUAAAUUUUAUGACGUCUGGCACAUGGAGAAGGAAUUACAAAGCAACUACAUAAAAUUAGCAAAACCAAGGACUGCCAGAAAGUAAAGACGUGGAUGCGAGCCAUCAGAAACCACAUCUAUUGGACGGCGGCAUCGUCAAUAACCGGGCCGGAGAGAGUGGCAAAAUGGACCUCCCACCUGAACCAUGUUCAGGAUAUUCAUACUCAUGAUGAUCCCCUCUUCCCAAAAUGUCUACAUCCAAUUCGCAGCACAACGGACAAGAGUAGAUGGCUCUCAGGAAGUUUGUCUCAUUCUCUUUUCAAAACUGGUUUGACUAUAUUGAUUAGCUGCAAGUCCAGUCAUUACCAAUAAGUAGGAUAUAAUGUAUGAUAUUUUUGUCUUUCAGCAACUCCUGCAUUCUACAAGCUGGAGAAGGCGCUGACCAAGAAGACAGUCCUGAGGGAUAUAGCAAAGCUCAGUCCCCACCACCAGACGUCCUCUUUGGAGGCAUUCCACGCUGUGAUCCUGCGGAAAAUGUGGUCUAUCCAUUUCUAGGAAUGCUGUGCAGGUAAAUUAUUAUUAUUAUUUUUUAAUUAUUAAUUAUUAAUUGUUGUGAACAUUUGCCCAUUUCUUGCAAUUAUUUUCAUGUUAGAUUUUUCUUUUUAAUGUCAGACUCUACCUGGCUGUGUGGUAGAAAUUAGUGAGUAUAUUCUAUGAUAAACCAUGAUUAUUAAUAGGUUUUAUAUUUUAAAUAGUGGAAAGCAUUGUGUUUGCAGAAUCUGGAUUCAGAACAGAUGGUGCACAGGAAUGUAUAGGGAACUGGGGGGAAGCUAAGUUGGUCCAAGCCCUUUCAGCCUUGGGUCAAGCUAAAGUUGACCUCAGCCUUUUUAGCCUUGGGUCAUCUUGGCUAAUGAGGUUGAUCCAUGCAGACCACUGAACUGGGCAGUUGAUAACAUGCUGUGACGAAGAUUGACGGGCGGAAACCCCAUUGUGACUCCAUUGUGACUCCAUUGUAAACAAAGAAAUUCCUAUACGUGUAUAAGUGAGGCUGCAGCCCGAUGUGGGGCCAGUGACUUUGCAAACCCACUCAGGCUGUUGUCGUUGUUGUUCUGCUGCACGAUAAAGUCUUUUGUCAAUUCUUGCUCCGGACCCCUCGUUUUCAUUUUACUCUCUCUCUUGAAUUAGUCUAAGUGUUUUAUAUCUCGGUUAAUCUUCAAUAGCUGCACUGCAUUGCAAUGAGAAUUCUGAUAGUGCCACGCUCCACUGAGGAGACUGGCAGAUUAGAACCCAAAAGCACGACUCAGAGACAAGCAAACACAAUGAUAUUCCGAUCUUUACUUC